AUGUUCGCACGCCGCAUCGUCCUCGCCGCUCGCCCGCUCGUCGCUAGGCCGUUCUCGGCCACCAGCGCGCCCAGGAAGGAUCUGGUUCAGGACCUCUACCUCCGCGAACUCCGCUCUUACAAGCCCAAGCCCGCCGCCUCAGCCCAAGGCGCCACCAAGUCUUACUCGACCCCCUCGGCACCCAAGGCCCCCGAGGUGCCGGACGCAAAGGCGUUGGCGGGAGAGUUGGCUGCUUAUGAGGCCUCCACCCCGGACGUCGCCUCUACCACCCCGGGCGUCGCAGCCGAAGCAACCGAGGACGACGCGACCCUCGGAGCCGACGACUUCCUCAAGCUUUGCGAGCAGGACGUCAAGGUUGAGGCGAAGCACUAG